GAUACCUGACGGUUGGCUAGCUGACUAGCUAGGGGUUAGCUAACUUUCACGUCGUUGGCGUUCUAACAUCAAGCUACUGAAUGACGAUAUUCUAAAUAGCAUAUUCUUUAAUCGGCUGAUGACACGAUGUUUCCAGUCUGACUGACAUUACAGACAUGCGUUUGUAAUUAACAUCUGUCCGAAGAGGCAGGAAUCAGUCUGAUGAGGGGGCACCAACAGCUGGCAGGAUGCAGCAGAAAAGGAACAUCCAGAUCAUCGAGUGGGAGGACCUCGAUAAAAGGAAGUUCUACUCUUUCGGGCUGUUCAUGACCAUGACCAUCCGGGCCACCGUCUACCCGGCCACACUCAUCCGCACUCGGCUGCAGGUGCAGAGGGGCAAAUCACUCUACAGUGGCACCUUUGACGCCUUCUUCAAGAUUCUGCGGUCGGAGGGUGUUCAAGGCCUUUAUCGCGGCUUCAUGGUCAACACCUUCACACUAAUCUCAGGCCAGGCUUACAUAACCACCUACGAGCUGGUGAGGAAGUAUGUCUCCCAGUAUUCUGAGGACAAUACGCUCAAGUCACUGGUGGCAGGUGGCUCAGCCUCCCUGGUUGCUCAGAGCAUCACUGUUCCCAUAGAUGUUAUCUCUCAGCAGCUGAUGAUGCAGGGCCAAGGGGAGCACCUCACCCGCUUUCGGCUUAACACAGAGAAUGGAAAGUCCAAAAAAGUGUUCGGCCAAACCAGGAACAUUAUGGCUCAGAUCUUUGCUGCUGAUGGUUUCCGGGGCUUCUACAGGGGAUAUGUGGCUUCAUUACUCACUUAUAUCCCAAACAGUGCUGUUUGGUGGCCUUUCUAUCAUUUUUAUGCUGAGCAACUCUCUAAACUGGCUCCCAGUGACUGCCCUCAUCUGAUUCUACAAGCCAUGGCUGGACCUCUAGCUGCUGCUACUGCCUCAACUGUCACCAACCCAAUGGAUGUGGUCAGAGCCAGAGUGCAGGUCGAAGGAAGGACUUCAGUCAUCGAGACAUUCAGGCAGCUGAUCAAAGAGGAGGGCUGCUGGGGAUUGACCAAAGGACUGUCGGCACGCAUCAUUUCGUCCACACCCACUGCCAUCGUCAUGGUGGUCGGCUAUGAGACGCUAAAAAAACUGAGUUUGCGGCCGGAGCUUGUGGACUCGAGACACUGGUAGUGGAGACCUGGACAGAAAUUGUACGGACCAUGUGCCAUUUUAGCCCUCAAGUUAGACUUCCUGUGAGAGCAGUGGAUGAAAGAAAUGCUUGUUUUAAAGUAACAGUCUGGGGAACAAAAAGAAAUCAGGCCACUUUAAACACAAAACAUCUGUGUAUAGGACAUUAACAUGUACAUAUGUGUACAUACCCACAUAUUAGUUGCAGAUUAAAAGCCUAAAUACCAGAGCCAGGUUCACAGUUUGUGAUGCUGCUUAACAGGGUUGUUGCUUUUUAGUGCAAUCGAAAUGGUGAAUGUGAUGUUUUAACACUGGAAGAUGCAGACAAAUUGAUGCAACAUUACAGGAUUCAUUUUCUGUAUUUGGUAAAAAAAAAAAGUUGAUGUAUCAAUGUACACUUUGCUGUCAUGUUCAAGUAUCUUUGCAGUGGAGAAAAGUGGAAAUGGCUGCUGAGACUGCGACAGUUUGUGCAACUAGGGCGAUGGCUACUGUAGUAACUGUAGUCAUGCUGUCCUAAAGCCAAGCAGUGCUGGGCCCUUAUAAAGGUGGAGAAAGGUAGUAUAACUCCUGAAGAUGGUAGUAUAAUGGAAGUAUAACUCCCGAGGACACAUUCUCAAUCUCCCAAGUGUUUGUUUCCUUACACCUGGCUUCUACUGUAUGUCUGCUCUGCAGUUCUUUUUUCCUGGCCUUUUAAAAUUUCUGCCUUCACAGUGUGAUCAAGACAAUCUGCUUUUUGUUUUUAAUUGCUGAAUGUUCAUUGGAAGAACAGUCGGUAUUUGAAUCUGUGUAUCAUGGCAGCCUCUGUGUUGUAGGUAUAUUUAAAUUGCAGCUGUCCUGUACACUCCACAGUCAAAAUAAAUGACAAAUUCCUUACCUAACAGUACACAGUACAGUAUUUUAUCAGCUUUUUUGUAACAUACGAGACUGCUGUCUGUCCGGCAUUGUAGAAAAUACUGCACUGAUCAAGAUGGUUAAUAAAUGGCUGAUUUGGUGUAAUGGUAUCCAGGAAGUUGAGCAUAACUGAAGUAUUUCUGUUGUGCUGCGCUGCCAGUUGAAAGCCUGAGACAAGAGAGAUUGAAGGACAGUCAGCAGAAAUAAUGCUGUUUCCCUAUUGUGACAGUAAAUGUUUUAUCCUCUUCAGCACAAAAUGUGAUCGUGCACUUGUAAAUUGUGUCAAUAACGUCUUAAAGGAAUGCAAUGUACCUAAUUUAUUUUCUUCAGGUUGUUUUGGGAUUAAGACCACAGAAGUAUCCGAGCUUCAAAAUUCUUACAUUAUGUUCAAUUUUUUCUCGUUUGUUUAAAUUGAAUAAUUUUGAGUGUUGAUGGUGAUGAUUGUAAUUUUUUUUGCCCCUAAUGGCUUUUUAGUAGAGGCAAUUCUUUUCUUAAUAAAAUUAAACAUCAAAUGUGAUCAGUUUGUAGAACUGAUCCUAUUUUUUGAACAUUAGAUACACGUGACAUUACUGCAGAUAUUUUCAACAUAGAGAAAGGAGAGUUUAGGCAAAGGCAAAUAUAUAAAUCUGAGGGUUUGGUUCAGUGAAGCCAUAGUGUCUGGUAAUGUUUCUGAAGGUAUUUAUACAUUUACUCAGGCUAUGCCAAUGUGGGUUGUAAACACUGAAUGAAUACCAGAUGAACUCUGGAAUACCUUGUAGAUUCAAUUGCAGUUUUAAGUUUCUCAAACACGUUUCCAUGCAGCGACACAUUUGGUUUUCUUUGGGGCAAUUGUCAACAUAAAGAAAAUAAGAACCAGUGUGUUUUUGUUCAAUGGGUUUGAGCUCUUUACAUCUACAGAGAGGGAGUCCUAUCACAGAGUCCUCCCUGUUGCACUGCCAUGUUUCUACAGUAGCCCAGAAUGGACAAACCAAUCAGCAGCCGUUGUAGGGAAGGAUUAAGGUGUUCAGUUGGUUGCAAUUUGCAACCUCACCAUUAGAUACAGCUAAAUCCUACACACUGGAUUUUAAAAGGCAUGUUGACUAAACUUCUGAUUGAAGAAGAUUGACUAUACAGUCAUUAAUUUUAAUCUCUGCAUCAACCUUCAGUAACUGUAAACAUGUGAUCAUAUUGUCAGCGAGCAACAGAGAUUAGUCUUCAGUUGUAAAUCAGAACUCGACUGUCAUGUACAGAAUAUACACGUGGUUUCACAUCAUGUGUUGUCUCAGUGUGUCUUUGCUUCUGUUCAGUCAA